AUGCAGCUCUUCGUCACCUCAUACCCUCCUCUUCUCCUCCUCCUCCUCCUCCUCGUACUCCUCCUGGCUAUCCUUCUCCAACUGCUCGGCUACCUGCAGCGGUGCCAGGACCCCAGGAAGGAGCCUCGUGCCCAUGGUCUUAAGGUCUACCCUCUCUUCGGCACGCUCCCACACCUGGUCAAGAAUCGGUACCUUUUCCUUGAGUGGUUGACCGGCGUCCUGCAGCGCAGCCCCACGCACACCAUAUCCUACAAGGCCCUCGGCUUCGGCGGCGGCGCCAUCACCGCCAACCCGGCCAACAUCGAGCACCUCCUCAAGACCAACUUCAACAACUACCCCAAGGGCGAGGCCACGGUGUCCAUGGUCGAGGACCUCCUCGGCGGCGGCAUCUUCAACUCCAACGGCGACCAGUGA